AUGCCUUUGUCCGGCCACUGUCUGUGUAAAGCCGUCACCUAUAAGGCUGACGUCGAGGCGCCGCUCAUCACCGCAUACGAUCACUGCGACGAUUGCCAGCGUCAGAGUGGAUCAACCUAUUCUCUCGUCGCGGUAGUACCUAAGGACAAACUGACGAUCAAUGGACCCACCAAGAGCUACGCAGGACAGGGAUCAUCAGGCAAAGCAGUUCACCGGAUUUUCUGUUCGGAAUGCGGCUCCCCUAUUGCCCACGACCCAGAAGCUGCCCCGGAGAUCAUCGCCCUUAAGGCCGGCACCCUUGAUGUGGAGAUCAAGAAGAACCUGAAGCCUCUAACGUGGUAUGCCUGCUUAGGACACCGAAAUCUGGACUGUCAGCAAGCUUCCAUUCUGCCAGGAACAUCUCGCGAAGCCUUUCGAGCACAUGCCGUAAACACACCAUGGCGAAUGGAUGAUUUUUAUAGGGCACAAUGA